AUGGCAACACAGUUGAACACGUCUUAUGAACCAAUAGAUGAAUCCAAUCUGUCGGGGGAGACUGGGGAAAUCUACCUGUUCCAAUGGUUAGCGUCCACAGAGAAAGUCGUCAAGCAGGUAAACCUGGAGGAUCUCAAGGCUUUGCAGCAGGAGCUGGAGGCCACGCUCGUAAAGGUCGUUAGCGCACCCGAGCCGUUCCAGUCUCCCGGUCGUCCAAUCAGAAAUCUUGUCGCGCAAUGCCUGAUUGCAUUGUAUACCCGCGGGGAGACGAAAACUAUGUUCGAUACUCUGCAAGCAUUCUUGAAGAUUGUUGGGGAGCCAAAAUCGAACUACAAGGAGUCUAGCAAGAUUGCUGCUAUGCAUUGUAUCGGAGAGCUCAUGGGAACAUUCGGAAGUCAGGUCAUGUCACUUAUGGUAGAGAUUGUUACAGUCGCUCUGAGGCUAUACAAAUCUACGUCCAAUCCAAUAAUCCUGCGGUAUCAUGCUGUGUCAACUUUGGAGAAGGCACUAUUAACAGCAAAGCGGGCCGUCACUGAUUCUUUAUCCAAGGACAUUAUAAAGCAAAUGCGGUAUGCUUUGAGCGACAAGGCACUACCUAUCCAACGUGCAGCAUGUAAUGUGCUGAUCUUGAUGUAUCCCUCAGAUGAAGUUUCCAAAUUGACUACUGAUGUAGAAUCUUUGGUCACGAUUUGUACGAAGAGUCUCGAAGGCUCCGACCAAGUCACGCGGAGGUCGUUGGCUAAGCUCGUUGCGCACUUACUAUCAACUACUCAAGUAGAGCGCGCUGUUAUUAUAGCGGAUACGACUAAGAAGGGCAAGAAAGGUCAGGGCUUAAAUGAGGACAGCGAAGAUAUCGUUCCAGGGUUGCAUAUCGCGAAUGAAGAGCUCAAACCGAUCAUGACACCGAGCGAGAUGCUCUCCCAACUCUCGACCCAGUUCAAUCGUCCACAGGCAUCGCGAAAAACGCGCGUGGGUCUAUUUGACUUCUACAUCGCCUUACUGGCCAUGCUGGGCCCGAUAUUCGUCGAGAACAAUUAUGGUCUUAUCGUUAGUCAUCUUAUGAGCGAGAUUGUGUCAAACCCACGCAAUUCGGCGAUAGAAAUACUGCUACGAGACCUUGUCGGGGUACGUAUGCUCGGAGAACAAGCACAAAUUGCAGCGAUCCAGGAACUCUCGAGGAGCUAUCUAAAGAGGUGGCCCGCGAUGAUGCCAGGUCAAACGGCUCCAAACUCGCUGUGCCUAGUAGUUGCCUUGAGAGAGGUGGCUGGAUUGCUCCAACAACUCGGGAAUGCUCCUCCCCCAGUUCAGGAUGCUCUUGUUGACCCAUUGCUGACACUCCUCUCCCAUCCAAAUCAUACCAUUCGAGUGAAUACUGCUCGUGUCCUUCGAUGCUUCUGCUACUCAACACCACUCCGCCUACCGAAAGUCCUUCUGAGCGUCGUAGAGAUGCUUCAGCGCGAUAUAUCUACGCUGACUACCCCUACCGCACCGCCUGACAUUCACACACGUUCUCUAGGACAUGCCUACGGACUUGCUGCGCUGCUAGUUGUCAUCCCUGAGCGGCCCCUAUACGUCUCGUACGACAUCAGCGCAAGGGUCUUUGAUAUGGCAGUGCAGCUGCUCAAACGCGCAGGAGAGCAUGAGGUGAAGAUUGCUCGAACUGAGGUCGAGAUAGCAUGGACAUCCAUUGCAUCGUUGAUGACGCUGGGUCCUAAUUUCGUGCGGUCUCACCUUCCACAGCUACUAGUUCUAUGGCGCAACGCGCUUCCGAAGCCAACUUCGAAGGAUGCAGCAACGGCAAGAAGUCCCUCGGAAUGGAUGUUUCUGCUGCAUCUGCGCGAGAGUGCAUUGGGUGCAAUAUAUUGUUUCUUGAAGUACAACACACCAACGCUUAUCACUCCGGAUGUUACGCGACGUAUUGCAUCUCUUCUGAGUAAUGCGUUGCAAUUCACGAAUACGUUCCAUUCGAGGCGAGUCGAGGACAAUGCGGAACAACCGAUGACAGAAGUCAAGGAGCUAUCAAUCGAAGGUCGUGAAGCACUACUUCUAACGCGGAUUUUCUCGUGUUUUUCGCUUCUCGGAAACGCCGUUGUCACAGAUUCUACUCAAUCUGCUUUAUUGCACUCAGCAGUAGCCCUAUUUGCUAGUCCGGAGGGCUAUGUGGGGUCCUCCGUACAAGCUGCAAUCGCCUCUUCAACCGGGGCCUUCACUUCUAUCUGGCAAACUGUCGAUGGUUAUGCUUAUGGGGUCUCGGAUUUGCGAAUUGACGAGGGCUCCAAAGUUGAAUUGAACCGUGAUAGCAUUGACAUUUCUAUUGAUGAAUUGUGCCAAAAACCUAUUCUCAGAUCCUGUUCGCACGAUCCACUAUUUCUCUGUCAAAGAAUCACGGAAAGCAGAUAUCAAUGGACCGAGCCUCCGCCGCCUGCUACCGCUGCCGUCAACGCUGCUAUACAAUUAUUUGCUCAAUUUCUCCCAUUACAAGAUCUUUCAUUAGCAACUCGCUCAUUGGCUCAGUUAAUGGAGACGCUAGGUUCUGCGAAAAUGGAGAAGAAUUCAGGCAGACGGGCAGCGGCCACGGUAAAUGCAGCGCUGGCGCUAGUAUUUGCUUUGCGUCAGGUCACAACGCCGCGAUCAAGACACGUGUUUGGAAGUUCCCAAGUCACAUCUCUACUUUCAACCUUCUUAAAGGACGUACUCGUUGAUGGAGAUGUAGUUCUCCGCAGAGGAAGUAGCGAAGCCAUCGGCCGUUUAGCAAGUAUCGCAGGGACAAACUUCCUUACUAAUCAGGCUAAAAUAUUAGUUGAUCAAGUCGUCAGCAACCGUGAUCCACAUGGACGCGCUGGAUGUGCUUUGGCGUUCGGAGAAAUUCACGCUCAUGUAGGAGGCCUCGCGGCGGGCCCGCUCCUGAAGACCACUAUUCAUGUCCUCAUGUCUCUUAUAAACGACCCACAUCCUGUUGUUCACUAUUGGGCUCUCACUGCUCUCGCCCGUGUUAUCGAAGCAACAAGUUUAGCAUAUGCGCCAUACGUUCCAAGUACUCUGGGCUUGCUCUUCAAAGUCUACAUGAUGGAGUCCCAUGAGCCCGAAGGUGGAGCCCUCAAUCACGUCAACAUUAGUGGCGAUUUACCUGCCUAUCAAGUUGUCUGUCAGAAUAUCGAUGCCGCUAUCACUGUUUUGGGCCCGGAUAUACAAGAUUCUACUCGAUCCAGGACGCUUGUUCUCGACCUCGUACAUCGAUUUAUUAAUGAGGAUGAUGAUGGCAUCUGCGUAGAAGCGAUCAACUGCAUGCAGCACUUCCUGAUGUUCGCCCCAGAGUUUGUAGAAAUUCCGACAUUAGUGACCCGAUUCAGGAAGUAUCUCUCCUCCUCCCGCAGACCUCUCAAAUUAGCAUCCAUCAACGCAUUGUAUCAGCUCGUUCAAAAGGACGCGUUUGCGAUGUCGAGACUUGGUGGCGAUCAGCUUGUAGAAGAACUCUUUGCCAUGCUUGAUGACGACUCUUCUGUUGAUGGUGUUCGUAAUGUUAUCGACAGUUGGCUACAACAAACUGUCGUACAUAAUCCCUCAGCAUGGAUUGAUCUUUGCCAACGUAUCAUGUCGCGGACCACCGCGUCACAGCAGGCCACCGAUGCAGCCGCGAAGCGAGGAGAUCUCCUAGAUGAUGAAGGUCAGUCUCUGAGCGUGGGUGUCAAUCAAGAUGCUUCUGUCGCGGGUAGUGCCCGUCAAACUUCUCGAUGGAGGACCCAGCUAUUUGCAUUACAGUGCUUGCACAAUAUUUGUACAAUUGUGGGCCGCUCGGGAAGACGGGAACACUUGGAUAUAGCUUUUGCACGCAGUCAGGGCCUUCCUAUUUCUGGCCUUUUAGUGUCUCGAGUUCCAGAUCUUAUCAAAAUUGCAUUCACGGCCUCUGCUGCUCAUGUAACAGAGAUAAGGCAAGAGGGUCUUACAGUACUGCGAGACGUCAUUGAGAUAUUCUCCAAGUCUCCGGAUCCAGAUUACGACGAUUCCUUGCUGCUCGAACAGCAUCAAGCACCUAUCACGGCGGCCCUGACACCGGCUUUCUCAGCAGAUUCCACGCCUGAGAUAUUGGCGGCCGCUAUCGGCGCGUGUGCAGUAUUUGUUGGAUGCGGAGUAGUCAAAGAUGUACAGAGAAUGGGACGCAUCCUGAAAUUGUUGAGCUCAGCUUUAGAGCAACUGAAGGAAUCAGGCAUGUUGACAUUAGGAGAUGCGGUGGAGCUCAGUCCAAAUGCGUCCGUGAUGCUAAGGAUAGCCACCCUCUCUGCAUGGGCUGAGCUGCAUGUCGCCAGCAAUCGACAGAUGUAUCUGGCUGACGUCGUCAAACCAUACGGACCCAGUCUAGCCACGUUGUGGGUUGCUGCACUGCGCGAUUACGCUAGCAUACGAGCUGAUGCAGAAGUUCUUGACGAGUCUUUGGCUGGAUCGUUGGAUUCUUCAUACUCAAACUUAGGAAAGGAGGUCCUUCUUCCAUACUAUUCAGAAUCCUGGCCGGUGAUUUUGCAAGCUGUCGCCACGGCUAUGCACGCGGGAGACUCAAACAUGCUAGCUGCUAUGGACGGUCGCGAAGCGGGUUCUCCUGUACAAGUGACUACUCGAGAAGAGCCCACGGCGUUUUUCUUUGCCAUCUUCGGGCUGGUAUUUGAAGCCCUUGUCACCGCCGUUCCUGACUCGAACAAUACCUCUCAACGUACUUCGGUCAUCGCGCUUCUAGCGCUGAAAUAUCUAGUACAAGAGAAAUAUUGUGGGAAAGUUUUCAAUGAUGUGGUUGUUUUUGAGGAGCUCGUCAAUCUGUUCUAUCGUAUGGCGCUCACUGAACCCGCUAAUGUCCAGGUCCAGGUGGUAGAGACCAUCGCCAGCUUGGCACAAAGUCUUGCACAUAAACCAUAUAACGGCUUCUCAAAUGGCACAAAUACGCGAGAAUUGUUGGACUUACCUCAAGUACAUUGUAUGCGUAUAUGCGCGUACAUCCUCAGACGUGUAAUAGCAGGCCCUCGCAAUGGUGCUACUCAUGACGUCUCCACAUUUCCCGAUAAAAUCAAGCUUGUUAACGCCGCCUUUGAGGCGUUCAUGACAAUCGCCGACACGUUUGGCUCUGUCCAGAAAGAAGAAUUCAGGGCGGUAGCCAUCACACUAUACGGGGAACUACUGAAGGACGAGACUUAUGACGCGGACCUCAUUGGGCCAACGCUGCAAUCACUGAAGACUAUACUCGAUAAACCAAGCGAUGCCACCGGUGCGGAGAAAUAUGAGAGGGUAGUCCAUGGACUACUCUCGUCAUGCCUGGUCAACAUUGAUGAGAUGAGAGGGCGUCAAGGCGCUACAUCCUCGCGGAAGACCAAGACUAAUCUCCUCGCUGCGGUGCUCGUCCUAACAGUCAUCCCUCAGGCUGUGAAGAUCGGCAAAGCAAUCAUCGAGCACUGUUGUUUCCUUAUCUCGCAGAAGCUCGUCGAUCCUAGUGAAAUAUCAUUGACAGCAGCGCACUGCGCAAAGACGCUGAUUCUUGCUGCAAUAUCUGGCAACUCGGCCCUUGACCAAUGCGCGAGGUUGCUUCUCCCUGGCAUGAUUGAAUGUCUUGCGAAGAUAGCUGCCGCGGAUAAUAAUGCAUCGGACCAGCAGCUCGCGACUGUCGGAGAAAUCUUGAAGGCUUUCGCAGCAUUGUUCUCUUCGUUGCCAGAGGAACUACGUGCUCGAGCAUUAGGCGUCUUUAUGCCUGCGCUGAUUCUCCUUUUGGAUGCGACACGGCCCUCCCCAUCUGCUUCGCACUCGCAAAGUGUAGCGCAACUCUUAUCAUUUGCUGCCCAAUCGCCAGCUGCAUUCAAGGACGCCACCGGAAAGCUAAGUCCACAGAUGCGGGAGACUCUGGAGAGCUCUAUACGACAAGCUCUAGGAAACAAAGCCUCAACGGGCGAGGCACCAAAACCACAGAUUUCUCUGCGCUCGUUCUGA